AUGCUCCGAAGGAAGAUAGGAGUGGAUGAUUACACAAUUUUGGCUGCUUUGGCAUGUGCCCUCAUUCAAAGCGUCAUCGCUAUCUUCCAGGUCAAGAAGGGAUUCGGUCGAAACAUUCAAUACUUAGAUCCUACGCAAAUCAAAGACAUCACUCGAGAUGUUUUUGUCACAAUUUUGUUCAACAUUAUUGGCACUUCCUUUGUCAGGGUCUCCGUUUGUCUGUUUAUCCUGCAGCUCCUGCCCUUCACAGAGAGGUUAAUCCGUUGGUGGACCUACGGGCUCAUGGUAUUCUUCGCCGUCACUGCGAUGGCCACGUUUCUUUCCAUGUGCUUUCAAUGCAUCCCAAUCCGAGGAAUUUGGGACGAAACCAUCAAUGCACAUUGCAUAUCAACAGCUGCAACCACCAAGAUCAACCAAGCGUCGGGCGCAUUUUCGGUUUUCAUGGACGUCCUUUGCGUUCUGCUUCCUAUCAUGGUGUUCCGGAAACUCCAAAUCAGUUGGCGAAAUAAGUUGGCUGUGUUUGUUCUGCUAGGACUUGGCCUUUUUACCGCAGGAGCGGCUAUUGCGAGGAUAGUCUUGUACGAUUUUGGGAGCGAAAACCUUACAUGGGACCUCGUUCCGGAUGCGAUUUGGUCUUGCGUCGAACAAAACAUCGGCAUAAUCGUAGCCUCUAUGCCAGCCCUUCGCCAGCUCUUCACCGUGUUCAAGCUACAACGCAACGUUCAGCACUCGCACUCCUCCGAGAAGCCCUUCGCUGGAGCUAACCACUUCAUCACAUCACCGCUGAGAACAUCGUUUGAGGGAAUGCAGUUCGACAAGACCCCGUCCCUUGACUCACCAGUCAACAAUAUUACAGAGCAGAUGGAACUCAAACAAAAGGUGGACAGUGGAAACAAAGUGAGUCCUACUACAAGCAUGACGUCACGGCUAGCGUGUUUGAGCUUGUCAGCAGAAAAGCUGCAAGGCGUUGAAGAAGAUCAUAAUGCCAAAGCGAGGGAAUGCACCGAGAAGUGGGAGGAAAGGCGUGAGAGUAUGCCAACUUUGGGGAAUCUAGCGGUGUUGAGGUACUCGUGCGGGAUCGAGGGAGGAUCCCCUAGGCUGGAAACUUAG